CCAUGCUUGGAGUUUGACAGUCCACAGAACAAGACCUACAAGAACCCAAGACAACAUGACUAACUUGAGAAAGCAGAGGACUUGAUUUAAGGAUAUCUGGCAUUGCCACAGAGGCUUCAGCUUUUCAGCUGUAGCAUGGGGAGAAUGAUACGUAUGCCUUUUAACAGAGCUUUGAGAUCAACUGAAGAAAGGUACUAGAAUACGUACAACGAAGAUUUCAGGAAUAUGACUGAAGAAAAUAUGGCUAGCAAUGGCUCCUCCUCUUCCUUCAUCCACACAAACUCCAUGAGUGCCAUCCUGAUUACUAUCUACUCAGUUGCCUUUGCUGGAGGUGGGAUAGGGUCCAUUGCAAUGUCAUUUGUGCUGGUCAAGAUGAACACUCUGUCUGUGACCACUACAGCCAUCAUUAACCUGGUUGUGGUGCACGGUCUCCUUCUCCUCACUGUGCCCUUCCGCCUGCACUACUAUGUCAACAAGGAGUGGGUCUUCCAGAUGCCAUUCUGCAAAAUGGUGAGUGCUAUGGUGCACCUCCACAUGUACCUGACCUUCCUAUUCUACGUGAUUACACUGGUGAUCCGGUGGCUGAUCUUCUUUCAAUGGAAGGAUAAGGUAGAGUUUUAUAGGAAGUUGCAUGCCAUUGCCGCCAGCAUUGCUGUGUGGAUCUUCGUCAUUGUCUUUGUGGUGCCACUAUUCUGCAUUGAGUAUGGACGCUCAGGGACAUAUGAUAAUAAAACAUGUUUUAAGUUCCACAAAGAACUGCAGCAGGAGAGUGUGAAAAUCCUAAACUACCUAAUAAUUGUGGUUGUCGCCUGUAUUACUUGUGUUCUCUUGAGCUUGCAGAUUUUCAUUCUGAUAAAAGUGUCAAGAAAACUCUCCACCUCCCUCUGGUCACAUCAAGAAUUCUGGGCCCAGGUGAAAAACUUGAUUUUCAUCUGUGUCAUCAUAAUUUGCUUCCUUCCCUAUCACCUCUUUAGGGCCUACUACAUACAGCAUGUGAAUGACUAUGAACAGUUAGAAAGCUACAAUGAAGUUUUUUUGAGUCUGACUGCACUCAGCUGCCUGGAUCUGCUGUCAUUUGUGCUGAGUGGAAGCCGCCUCUUCAAGCAAAAUGUGGCUGUGCUUCGAAGCAGGUUGCCUUGCUGCUAGCACCAACCACCUGUGGCACAUGGACUGGUGGAGCAUGGUGCUGGACAAAUGGAGCAAGCCCACUUCCCAGCAAGUCAUGGUGGGCCAUGGAAACAACAUAACACACUCAUGCAGGGUUCUGCUCAUCUCCUCCCCACAAUAAUGGGGUGAUCCACCAUCCACGUCUCAGCUCGUAAACUGGAGGGCUGCCUCUGGGAUUUCCUCACAGCAAUACCUAGCGAGUUGUGGAUACACCUUGAGGAGUGGGGAGAAAUAGCAUGAGCCCAUGGCUCACAGAUCUUACUUCUUUUAGAUCAAGCUUUGUGAAAUUUGAGGCACUAGAAUGAGACUUAAGAGAACUCACAAAGUAUGUAGAAACACACACACACACACACACACACACACACAAAAGAGAAGUUUUUUUUAUGGAAUUAGGGACUGCAUUUUUGAAAUUCAAAGAUCUAUAUUGUUUUCCACAUACGUUUCUUAUUUAUUGCCUGCAAGCAUAAAAUAUCAGUGAAACU